AUUAUGACAAAUCCGUGAAUACAUGAGUUUCAGAAUAAUGGUAAUUGCACACAGUGUAGUACAGCCACAGUCUGCCCGUAAUCCAUUGCAUCCGCAAUCAAACAUGUUCGUGUUCGAGUUUGCAGAUGUACCAAAUGAAGGGUUCGAUUAGACUGCAUUUGAACAGAUUUGGGGCAUGUACGUAUAUGCUGUAUAUCCAUAUACAUGCAGUGGUGUGUUUGCCUCCUUCCUGCCCCUUUUUUUGCAUGUUUGUCACACUUGAAUGUUUCAGAUCAUCAAAGAAAUUUAAAUAUUAGUCAGUGACAACACAACAGAACACAAGAUGCAAUUUUAUAAAUGAAAAUUUGGAUUAUUAAGGCAGGAAAAAAAAUCCAAACCUACCCUGUGUGGAAAAAGUGAUUGCCCACCUGUUAAAACAUAGCAUAACUAAAAUUAAUUGAGAUCUAUCAAGUCUGGCAAAGGUUAUAAAGCCAUUUGUAAAGCUUUGGGACUCCAGCAAACCACAGUGAGAGCCAUUACCCACAAAUGGACAAAACAUGGAACAUUGGUAAACCUUCCCAGGAGUGGUCGGCCAACCAAAAUGACCCCAAGAGCGCAGCGACGACUCAUCCGAGAGGUCGCAAAAGACCCCACAACAACAUCCAAAGAACUGCAGGCCUCACUUGCCUCAGUUAAGGGCAGUGUUCAUGACUCCACCACAAGAAAGACGCUGGGCAAAAACAGCCUGCAUGGCAGAGUUCCAAGACCAAAACCACUGCUGAACAAAAACAACAUGAAGGCUCGUCUCAAUUUUGCCAGAAAACAUCUUGAUGAUCCCCAAGACCUUUGGGGAAAUACUCUUUUUGGAAGGUGUGCGUCCCAUUACAUCUCUCCAGCAUCAUACCAACAGUAAAAUAUGGUGGUGGUAGUGUGAUGGUGUGGGGCUGUUUUGCUGCUUCAGGACCUGGAAGACUUGCUGUGAUCAAUGGAAGCAUGAAUUGUGCUGAAGGAGAAUGUUGGUGACCUCAAGCUGAAAGCAACUUGGGUUCUGCAGCAGGACAAUGAUCUAAAACACACCAGCAAGUCCACCUCUGAAUGGCUGAAGACUCUGGAGUGGUCUAGUCCAAGUCCUGACCUGAAUCCUAUUGAGAUGCUGUGGCAUGACCUUAAAAAGGAAAAGCCUCCAAUGUGGCUGAAUGACAACAAUUGUGCUAAAUUCCUCCCCAGCGCUGGAAGAGACUCAUUGCAAGUUAUCACAAACGCUUGAUUGCAGUUGUUGCUGCUAAGGGGGGCCAACCACUUAUUAGCUUUAGGGGGCCAUCACUUUUUCACACAUGGCUAUGUAGCUUGUGAUUUUUUUUCUCCCUUUUAAUAAUAAAAAGUUUCAUUUAAAGUGCAUUUUAUGUUCAGUUGUGUUGUCAUUGACUAAUAUUUACAUUUGUUUGAUGAUCUGAAACGUUUAAGUGUGACAAACAUGCAAAAAAAUAAGAAAUCAGGAAGGGGGCAAACACUUUUCCACACCACUGUACAUGGCAGCUCGUCUGAUAUGUGGGUGUUCUAUGAUCUUCGUUCCUGCAACGCUGUGUCCAUGAUGAAUUGAGUUGGGGAUUGGAGGUGCUACAUGUCAACAAUCUGACAUCAGACAAUAUAUUCCAAUGUAUUGUGUAGGUAAUGUUGUGCUCAGAUGUCAUCCAGGAGCAGGAAAUCUCACUUUGUUUGCGUAUGACUGCAUAUAUUUACUGUAGAUAAUGUUCAACCAGCCUCGAUCAGAUUUGUAUUUAUUGCUAGGCGUCUUCCUUUCGUUAAUGAUUCUCGAAUCGGCAUCCACAUGAAUCUGAAACUUGUAAAUGAAGGCAGAAUUGUUGUUAUGUUUAGACAAUGACGACUUUGUUUGGACAUACAUUGGACUGUGUGCGACUCUUUUUGGAGACUGUGCCUGCAUAAUCUGUCCACCAGUGGAGAUAAGAUUAGUGGGCCUCAGAGGCUUGUCCUGCUGAUAAGGUACGUUGUUUUAUUUUGCCUGGCACUGGAAUGAAGGGCAUUCAUUGGCUGUGGCUAGUAAACACUGCUCAGCAUGAGUGUGUGGCUCAGCUGCAGAACAAGUGUCUUGCCGAAAUGAUGGCCUCUGUCCUUGCUGCUAACAAGUAUAGUUGUGCUCUGUAGGAAAUUAAGCAUGUCUGAAUGCACUUUGACCUCUUGUCCAACCCUUGUCUUUGUCCUCUUAGAUGAAACUUGGCACCGUCUGUUUGUGCACAAUAAUGGCUUCAUUAUUCCAAAGCGGGACCGAUCUGAUACAAUGUUCUUAUUUUGGAUCAUACUUUUAAUUAUGACUGUGAACAUUUGUGUUUGAAUGUUUAGCUCAUGGGCGCACAGGGACAGGCUGUACUUUGACCUUCCCGCAAAAAUCAAAGCGUGAACAAAUUAAGCUUUUCACUGGUGCAUCCCCCCGCAGCCAUGUGGCAGUAUUUCUCCCCCUUUGUUUCUGCUCCUUUUCGUGAAGAGGCUCAGUAAAUCCCCUCAUAAAGCCUAAAGUGUAAAUGUGCCUCCUCUACACUGUAUCAGCAAAGGGCCCUUUAGCAGUGAGAUUAGCUGGAGUCCUCCUCUUCUGACAGUCAGCUGCCUUAAGAGGGAUGAGCCUGGUCUGCUGUCCAAUAGUAGACGUGAUUUGAGUUGGAGCAUCGUGGGCCAACCCCCCACUGACUGUGGAAUGAAUGCGCUACCAGGUUUAUUGUAUUUGAAUUCCUUUUGGUACAUUAGCAUGGAAACAUGAUAGACUACACAGUGCUGUUAUGCUUACAACCGUUAGUCAGCUUUUAGUUAUGUAAGUAUUCAUUUGAAAGUGCCUCAAUUGUUUUGUCUUGCAGCUGUAAGUAGCUUAAAAAGAGCAGUUCAGACAGUCUGGAAAUUAGCAGUGCCGUGCAUUCACAUUUUUUUUUUUUAAUUAAUUGUACUCACUCUACCUGGAAAGGGCAUUUUAAUGAAUGUCCUUGGUCACAUGCAUACAGUGGUGUUUGCCGCCUUCCUGAGUUCUUAUUUUUUUCCAUGUUUGUCACACUUAAAUGUUUCAGAUCAUCAAACUAAUAGAAAUAUUAGUCAAUGCAAUAAUAAUACAUAAUAAGGUAAUAAGUCCAGUCCAGUCCAGUCCUUCCACAACAGGAGUUAUGUGUGGUAUCGGAUGAUAUCGGAACCGGAAAUUGAGAGUUGGACAGUAUCGGUUAUCGGCAAAAAAGCCAAUAUUGGCCAUCCCAUCAUAUUUUUGAUAUCGGUGAAAUAACAACUGUUAGAUUACAAUAGAUGACUUUGCUUCCUUAUCUUAAAAUUAGCAUCAUAACUCAUCUUCUGUUGUUCGCUAAGUUGCCCAGCCGGUGUUCACACAUGUGGUUCAGUAAUCUGGGAUGCACCAAAUGUAAAAAAAAAAACAAAAAACGGUGUGGACAAAAAGCUAUUGUUGUGAUCAUGCUUAAUUGUACUUGUGAGUGUUCCCUGUUAUUGGUUCAUUCACAGAAAUAUGUUCCCUCAUUGUGCCUCCUCCACAGUCACCACAUCUGAGUGGUUUGGAAGAGCUGACACAGGAGUAUUUAUCUCCAGCACGCUGGGUAGGCUGCUCUGGGCUGGGCUGUACCGGGCGUAGGAAUUGGCCCCACGCUUCAGGCUGUGGGGAGAUAACAGACGUAGUAAUGAAUUCCAGAUUGCUGACAGGGCAGUGUGGCUGCGGAGUAGAUCACACCGACAACGGCGGGCCCCAACUCCUCGUAAAAUGUAUGCCAUCAAACACGCAGCAUAGUGCCGUGGCAGCAAAACCCAGUCGACCUGGGAGAGGUAGCAACAGGGAGCGGGGAACGCCCCUGCCCUUGCUAAAGCUCCCCCCUUGUUUUUUGAUUAGUAAGCUGCUUCACAUAACUGAAUCAUUAUAGAUCGGACAUACACGGACAGUCGCUGUUAAAUUCUAUUAUUUUUUUGACUGACGAUUAGAAAAGACAAUUUAAGGUCAAAUGGCUUUUGGUCUCAAAACCUAAUCCUUUUAAUUUUCAUGUUAUAGGAUUAGUUGGUUUCAUUUUCAAAUAGUGUGCCGAGCGACUGCUUUUGGACAGUCCUCGGGACUUCAACGUAACCUUUCAACAAAGGCAACCGAGUCUGCCAGGAGUUUUGAAUAGCUUUUGUUUAGGUCCCCAGUGGACUGGCCUGCCAAGCCAGCUCUCUUUUUGUUCAGAGCUGUGUGCACUACCUCCGACACGAUGUUAGUGAGUCAGACCUAGGGGCACGCCACCAUUUGUGUGCACGGAUAACGCGGCCAGUCCGUGUGAGACUUGAAGCCACUGACGUUUGAUGUGAGAGAUUGAGGGUAAAUCUCUCAUGGUUCAAUCUUUAACUACCCAGUCAAGCACUGAAACUGCCAGAUCAGAUCUAAAGCAGCUCCCAGUUCUGCCCACCCAAGUUCUCAGAAAGCACCCGUCGCUGAGCUACUGUGAAGAAGAAGUGAUUGAGCAUUACAAGAAACUGAAGGGUCUGACCAGAGGACAAGCCAUUGUGAAGUACCUGGCCCUGGUGGAGUCCCUGCCAACAUAUGGUGUCCAUUAUUACCCAGUAAAGGACAAGCAGGGAAUACCCUGGUGGCUAGGUGUCAGCUACAAAGGCAUUGGCCAGUACGACUUACAAGACAAGCUGAAACCAAGAAAGUUGUUCCAGUGGAAGCAGUUGGAGAAUUUGUAUUUCCGGGAGAAGAAAUUUGCAGUGGAAGUGAACGACCCACACAGUCAAACAGUGAGCAAGCGGACUUUUGGACAGACCGGCCUUGUCAUUCACUCCUGGUAUGCCAGCCAUUCUCUGAUUAAAACUAUCUGGGCGAUGGCCAUCAGUCAGCACCAGUUCUACCUGGACAGGAAGCAAAGCAGAUCAAAUAUGACGACAACGAGGAGUUCAGGAGACAUUGCCAUGGAUCUCACAGAGAUUUCUUCUCAGCGGAUAACUAAACUCACCAGCCUCGAAAGCAAAGACCACCUCAUCAUGGCAAGCAGCGGAAGCCUCAUCUCGGCCGGUUCUGCUGACUCUGACCUUGGCGAGGAGCAGAAGAAAGAGAAAAUGACCGAGCUAAAAAAGAAAGAGAAAAACCUUCAAGACACACUUGCGCAAAAACUUGAAGAACUAAAGAGGAUCUGCAUGCGAGAAGCGGAGCUUACAGGCGCAUUGCCUAAAGAAUAUCCCUUGGCCACGGGCGAAAAACCCCCUCAAGUACGACGACGCGUUGGGACAGCAUUCAAGCUUGAUGACCUUUUCCCCUAUAAUGAGGAUCCACAUUUAAGGAAUCUGGAAAGCAGAUUCGCCUUGCAGCAGAAGAUUGUGGAAGCGGCCAUGAAGUUAACCAACGAGGGUGAUCUAUCCAAGACGGUGAAGAAGAAAAGGAGAAACAACUGUUUGGAUGCAAUGAGAAAACUGGAGGAGAUCGAGAGGGAGAUCAAUGACUACAGGAUCAAGAAAGGAAAACAACCCACCCAGAGAGCCUCUGUGAUCUUAGAUGAUAUCAAUCCAUCAGACCUCAGCUCUCUAUCUGACAGCUUCACACUGGACGAAGAUGACGAGCUCAGUUCCCAGAGACGGCGGUCAACGUCAGUCCAGUACUCACCAAGAUCCCACCAUGCUGAGACUCUGAGGAUUCACUACAGCAAAGAGAGACGAGCUUCCUCUAAUGACCAACACACAGACAGCCGGUUAAACUACGGUCACAUCCAGGAACCCCUCCACCGCGGCCACCGCGAUGCCUUAUUAAGCCACAACAGCCCAUACAAGUCAGCCACCAGACAACCAUGUGACGCGCGCAGUAUGCCUCCUACCCCACUGCUCACCCGCAAUGCCUACAGCAGCACCCAGCUCAAAUCGGAGGAUGAUCCACAGCAUUUUCGCCAGCGGAGCGGGAGUCUGGAGUCCCAGUCUCAGUUUCUACCAGAGACCGAACCACCUGUGCCCGCAUUCAAGUUUUCCCCAACCCGACGCAGCAACAGCACCGAGGUGCUCGAUGACGGCUCCUCCUACACGAGCCAAUCCAGUGUGGAGUAUGUCGUUCCUGGUCACCACAACCACAGGCGUAGGGUGCGCGGCCGCCACAGGAAAGAUAUUUACGCCAACACGGGCAGCAUGCCCAACCUGGCCCAGCCAGAGACACACUGUUAUGCUUACCAGCCCCGGACCCGACCCACUACGACCGCCUACUACGUCACGGGAUAUCCCAGCCAUGCGGAGCCCGAGCCUUACUCGAACGGCGUAUACAUGUACGGCAGUGAGACGGAAGGACACUACAGUGUCAAUCAGUCCUACCAUCCCACCCACGCUGCUUACCGUGCCCACAACUUGCACACUCGCUACAGCAAUGAUGAGAUAGAUGGCACAUCACAAAACCUGUACGCGACACUGAGGCCACCCAGGAACCGCCCGGGCCCCCGGAGUGAAGAGCAGAUGUCGAGGAACUUUCAGAAGGCAGUUGUCGCCGAGCACUUGAUAGGCUGGUACCAUCGCAACACGGCUUACAAACAGGCAGCGUACAGCUACGACUAUGAUCGAGGUUCUCAGCAGAGUGUGAGCUACCCGACCAUGCCUGCACCCCUCAGCCACAACAACAGAAACCUCUCCUACUCAUCAGUUUCUUCGACUGGAAACUGGCACGGCCACAUAAGCGGUCGUAGCAUACUGGAUUGCGACAUGCCCGUGCAGACGCCGCAGACCUACACGUACACGACAGCACCUUUCAGCCUCUCCAACCACAGCAGAUAUGGCACUUCGCAGAUUUUUAGCGGUUCCUGGCACAGCACUGAUGGCCCGGGAGGCUGCAUCUUUUUUCCUGCAAGUUCUUCCUCUUCAGUUUCCUCCUCCCUUCCCUCCUCUUCCUACUCCCCCGACUGUCGAGCGAGGCUGGUGGCCCCCAGAGGGCACAGGCCCAGUCAGGUGCCCCUGUAGCUCCUCAUCCUACAUAGACGUGAACCAAACGCACGCAGGAGUGGACCCCCAAGACCGGAUAUGCUGGCACGAAGACUCCAAACCAGGAACGAUAGUUUAGCUGCCUGUCAUUCAGUAAUAUGACAAGUUGCCACUGUGCCUUAUACUGCACUUACCUGUUUUUUCCCCCUGAACAAGGACAUCCAAAGAAUGAAGGAAUUCAUAUGGACUUAUGCCGAGUGUACUGUUCGCUUAAAUACAAAUGCCAAACGGACUACUACUUAUUCAUCUCUGUGUCUGGAUUGACACAAAGUGCUUAUCGGGAUGGCACUCGUGCGCUGUCGCUGUACCAGCAGCCGCAGAGUUGCUCUGAAGAGGUGAGUGAACUCUGCAAAGGAGCCUCUGAGGAUCAAACCAGUGAGCCACAGCCAACAACUUCUGCCGCUCGCACACGAAUGUGUUCAUUGCGCCUACAAAGGAUCAGACGAGGAUCGAUCGGACCCCCAAUCAAAAAUGAAGGAGCUCGAUAGGCACGAGUCGGACAAAGAUGGCCGGUGAGUGGCCGUCAGAUAAUCUGCUUUUAUUUCGGAAUACUUUCAACCACCAUGACAGUGCUUCCUGUACUCAUUUGUAUUCAGUGUGUCGCCGUACUGGUCACGUAUCUGUGUUCCUGUCUAACGCCAGUAUUACUCCCAAGAAACAGGGUUACUGCCACUGCAACACAAAUACUGGAGAGAAGAAACGAACAAGGAAAAAAAACAAACAUGGUUACUUCAUCCAUGCUGGAACUCAUGGACGGGUGCUCCCAACUUCUCUCAAGAGAAUAAACUGUACAUGUCGUUAUUGUUAACACACUGGUUGUUGUUGUUUUUUUGUUUUUUAGAGCUUCUUGUGUAUUUGAAAAGCAUGUAAUAUAUAGUAAAUAAUGUUAAGCUGGUUCUUAGGAAUUUGUAUCAUUUCAUUUGUUUGAAUAAAAAGAAAUGAGCGUUCGGGUGGAAGUGAUUUGUUUGCUUCGUAGGGCGCAUCUGGUUUACAAGAACAAAGCUAAUCCACUUGAAUGGAGGAGGGGUGCAGGAUUAGAUCUAAGUCCAUUAAAUUAGUUAAUUGAAUGUGUGUUCAGGCAUUUUAGUUAAUGAAACGGUCUUGGAAAUAGUACCAUUAGUGGAACGACAUGCACAAGGAGAGUGCUUUAACCCCUUAUGUGUUUACUUUUGCAAAGAGGACCCGUGAAACUGCAUUAUUGUCUUUCACAAAACUACAGCAAACAACCCGAAGCUCAAAGCUGUGUUUUUAUUGUCUGGUAUUUUCUCAUCCACUGCUGUGUGGCCAGGCUGGUUUCUUGUGUUCUUAAACACUAAAGCCACCAAACCAGUCUUUAAAACCCGUCACACCCACUUCUGGGCAGGGACCACUUCUUCUGUCCUCCCAUUGAAUGACAAGCUAGUGUUUAUUGAACCCAACCCUCCUCCCUCUUGGCAGAAAUGUGCUGUACACAUGUAUGGAUCCUCCCCCGUUCAUGCUCUCAACCCUUCACCUCAUUUCAUUCCCUGACCCGCAUUUUCUACUGCUGCAAGCGUGAAUUGGUUACCACAGUUAAGCAGCCCUGAAUGACCACAGGGGAGGUCUCGCGCUAUCCCCCGGCUCCCUGGCUUUUACGUGUUUGGCAUCCAGCUGUCUCCCGCUUGUCUCUGGGCCUCGGCUGAUUCACACCAGCUGCAGGCGUUAGUGGGCGGCUCCAGGCGACACGCCGCUACUCAAAGACCUCUUAUCUGCUCAGCAAACGACGGCGCUCAAUCAAAGAUUCCCCCUUGAUGAUGUCUUUGAUGUCCCUCGUCCUCGCUCACACAUUCUAAUAGGACUGUCUGUGAGG